UUACUAGCAUAUCUUCCUCUGUAGUAAAGAGGAUUUUUUUUCUGACUCACUUAAUUUUAGAAUUAAUAAAUGUUUUUCUUUUCGCAAUAACUUUAGACAGGUGCUUUUACAUAUGCCUCCCUUUAGCAUUUCACGUUCAUGUUGCUCAAUAACACUUAGCUUAGCGGUUAUAUGAUGAAGUUCACGGGUAGAUAAUAAACAGAAAGGUGUUGUGUUUUGACUAAAAGCCCGGACAGCACACGGAGGAUGUCUCAGGUGCUGAGGCGUCUCUCGGCGGCCGCAUUGUUUGUCUGCCGUGCUGGAGGAGCCCGAGCAGCACGGGUCUUCACAACUGUACACCGGAGCUCCGCUGCCUUGAACGCUUAUGGGACUCCAGCAACCUUCCUGUCCUGUCACAGAUUCCAGUCAGCUCAGCAACGACUGUGCUCCACGGCACCCAAAGAUGGACGAGGAGGAGAUCGAGGAAGGCCGGGUGUCCACAAGAGAGGAGGAGGAGGAGGAGGAGGAGAAAAGGACUGGUGGAGUCGAAUGCAAAAGGGUGACUUCCCCUGGGAUGAGAAGGAUUUCCGUUACAUGGCGGUGACUGUGGCCGGAGUCAGUUCAGUUCUGCUCUACUUGUACUUCAGAGACAGUGGCAGAGAGAUCAGCUGGAAGGAGUUUGUCCACCGCUAUCUGGCCAGAGGCAUGGUGAGCGGCUGGAGGGUUGUCAACAAACAGUAUGUCAGGGUCAUUUUGGUGCCAGGAGCCGACACUGACACGCGCUACGUCUGGUUCAACAUCGGCAGCGUCGACACAUUUGAGAGGAACCUGGAGAUAGCGAAUGUGGAGCUCAACCUUGAGCCGUUGCACCGAGCCACUGUCAUCUACAGUAACGAGAGUGACGGCUCUCUCCUGAUGAGCAUAAUUUCCACCCUGCUGCUGACUGGUUUCCUGCUCUUCGCCGUGCGAAGAGGACCAAUGGGAAUAGGUCUUGGUGGCAGGAGGGGCGGGCCCUUCAGCAUGAGUGAGACCACGGCCAAAAUGAUGAAGAACAACAUCGAUGUGAAAUUCAAGGAUGUGGCUGGCUGCGAGGAAGCCAAGCUGGAGAUCCUGGAGUUUGUCAACUUCCUGAAUAACCCGCAGCAGUACCACGACCUUGGAGCCAAGAUCCCCAAGGGGGCUGUGCUGUCUGGUCCACCUGGGACGGGGAAGACUCUGUUGGCCAAAGCCACAGCCGGAGAGGCCAACGUCCCCUUCAUUACCGUCAAUGGCUCCGAGUUCCUGGAGAUGUUUGUUGGCGUUGGUCCGGCUCGGGUGAGGGACAUGUUUGCCAUGGCGAGGAAGAAUGCCCCUUGCAUCCUCUUCAUCGAUGAGAUUGAUGCUGUGGGGAGGAAGAGAGGGGGAGGGAACUUUGGUGGUCAGAGUGAGCAGGAGAACACCCUGAACCAGCUGCUGGUGGAGAUGGACGGUUUUAACACGGCCACCAACGUGGUGGUCCUGGCUGGAACCAACAGACCUGACAUCCUGGACCCUGCUCUGAUGAGACCGGGCCGCUUUGACAGACAGAUCUACAUCGGUCCUCCAGACAUUAAAGGCAGGGCGUCCAUCUUUAAAGUCCACCUACGACCGAUCAAAGUGGACCCCAGCCUGGACAAAGACGCUCUUGCCAGGAAGAUGGCCGCCGCAACACCAGGAUUCACUGGAGCUGACAUCGCUAACGUCUGCAACGAGGCAGCUCUGAUCGCCGCCAGACACCUGGACCCAGCCGUGAACGGCAGACAUUUUGAGCAGGCCAUCGACCGGGUCAUUGGAGGUCUGGAGAAGAAGACUCAGGUUCUGCAGCCCACAGAGAAGAAGACUGUAGCGUACCACGAGGCCGGACACGCCGUUGUGGGCUGGUUCCUGCAACACGCCGACCCACUGCUGAAGGUGUCGAUCAUCCCGCGGGGGAAGGGUCUGGGCUACGCUCAGUACCUGCCCAGAGAGCAGUACCUGUACAGCCGAGAGCAGCUGUUCGACAGGAUGUGUAUGAUGCUGGGAGGCCGUGUGGCCGAGCACGUCUUCUUAGGCCGGAUCACCACCGGAGCCCAGGACGACCUGAAGAAGGUCACGCAGUCGGCCUAUGCUCAGGUGGUGCAGUUUGGGAUGAGUGAGAAGGUGGGCCAGGUGUCGUUCGACCUGCCCCGGCAGGGCGAGAUGGUCAUAGAGAAACCAUAUAGUGAGGAGACGGCUGAGCUGAUUGACAAGGAGGUCCGAGAGCUGGUGGAGAGGGCGUACGCCCACACGCUGCAGCUCAUUGAGGACAAGAAGGACCUGGUGGAGAUGGUGGGGAAGCGUCUCCUGGAGAAGGAAGUCCUGGAUAAGGCGGACAUGCUGGAGCUGCUGGGCCCACGGCCGUUCAAGGAGAAGUCCACAUAUGAGGAGUUUGUGGAGGGCACGGGGAGUUUCGAGGAGGACACGAGUCUACCAGAGGGCCUCCGAGACUGGAACCAGGAGAGAGAAGGGGAGGCCGAGGAGACGAGCCCCACUCUGGACAGACAGCAGGCUGUGUAGAGCUGACGUGUCAGAUAACAAUGAGCAACACUUCACAUCCCAACUGCAAAAAACUAAUUGGUGCUGACUGAGUUUUACAGAGCCUGGAAGGUCUGUUAGCAGGUCAAUUCAUGUCCUCAUUGACUUUGGUUUUCUCUAGUUGUAUGUACCAGGGUGAAGUAAGGGGGUAAAACAUGUUAAUAUAACAGGAGGAGUUGGACAGAGAUGAGUUCUGUUAGUGACUGAUUCAUCAGAGGGUUCAGUCAGUCAUAUUCCUCCAAAGAACCUCCAGGCUCUGUAUAACUGUUUGUCACAAGUUUGCUCCACAUUGCCUUAAAACUGGUCAGGCAGGAGACCAGAGAGCAGCUUUUAAUAUUCCUGAACAGUGUGUGAAUGAUGAGCAUUCACACACUGUGAACAGACUGAUUUAUGGUUUUAUUUUAGACAAAGGGGGUUCUGCUCACUGACUAAUUCAUGGAAAUGUAUUAAUAUGCAAUCAUGUUGAUUUAAAGGAAAAGUCCCCUAAAACACCAUUAGUGUUGACUUUGAUUCCUGCAGCUCUGCCUUGUCAGGUUUCCACUGACUAUAAACAAGGCAUCUGGAACUUGCUCCAUGAAACCUAAUUUAUUUAUACAUUUUAUUUAAGUAGCUGGACAGUGAAAGAUGAAUCGGCUGUUUUCUUACUUUAUGCAAAGCUCCAGUGUGAAGGCAUUUUGAAUUUAAACCAAAUGUGUUUGGUCACAGGACGGAACUUUAAAUAUUUAUGUUCCUCAUGUGACCGUCUAGGAAAGCACAGUGUGGACUGAGGAGCAGAUGGAGAUGUGACCUAGAACUAGAAAGACCAGUAGCUGUAGGGUGAUGUUCUCUGUUACCACACAUCACUGUCAUUAGUCCAGUUGUGCAGCAGGUGGCAACCUCACGGUUUGUGAUCCCAGCAGGAGGCUUUGACUGAUGCAGCAGCUCAACCUGAACCUGGAGUCAUAUGCAGCUGAUGGGUAAAAACACUGAGCUGAAGCCCAGUGAACACCACACACACACUGUCAGUCGACGCCUCUUCUACGGAAACUGGUGACCUCACAUGUUACUGUGGAAAGGUGAAGUGAUCACAACUUGUUACAGCAGGGACUGUGACUGGCCUCAACUACUAAUUGUUAUAUUGAAAAAUCAAUAUUUGAAAUUUUGACUUCACAAAUUAAAUCUGCCAAUAUCUGCUAUUUUUCUGCUGAUUUUAGAAUCUUCUGUAGAGAUUUGGGAAAUGUCAGGCAAAGCACUACUGUGACAUCACAGCUCUGUCCGUCAGUGUCAUCAGGAAGAAACCAUUUGUACGCUGACUUUUGAAAUUGUGAGACUUUUCUGUGAUGUAACAUAUUUUUUAAACUGCUCAGUAUAUCCUGGAACCUGUCUGGUUGUUUUCUGUCUGUGAAUCAGAUCUGCUGUUCAGGGACCUGGUGCUUAACAAGAAAUCCACACGUACCAACGGGCUGAAGUGAACAUGUCUUUGUUUGGUUCAGAUUCAGGAGAGUUGUUACAUGUACUGAAGUCAAGAUGACAGAAGAUAUGAGAAUCCUAUAGGACCUCCUCCAGCUGACAGUGUGGAAUAUUAACUUAUUCAAAAAGUGAGUGCGGAAACAGGUUUGUGCCAGUGAUCUGUUGUACAGGUUUGUGUGUGAGCUUAUGGACUUUUGUCACAUUUAUGUAAGCAGAGCUUUGUAAGAGAGGGUAGGGAUGUUCAACUUUUGACCAAUCAGCAUCUUUAGAGCCAGUGCAGGUGGCUCUGAAGAUGCCGAC